AGUUGGGUUUACAGUCAAUUCCGUUUUCUCAGUCACUCCAUUUGGUUUGAGAGCACAAGAGCUUCACUGAUGAGCAUUUUUUAAAUCCUUUUAGCAAAAAGUCAGCAGAGAUUUAACGAAGCUCGAGGCAUCAUGGAGGCCGAAACAAAACUAGGAAACAUCUCUUUACAGCCAGUUUCAGGUGUGUGGGGAAGACUUGACUGGAGCGAUGUGGACCUGGACUUGGUUUAUCAAAAGGAAAACAAAGACAUGUCCACCAGUAAGAUUGUGAGGAAGGUUCUUCCAGAGCCCAAGACGGUUGUGGUUGACAUCUUUCAUUCUCAAAAAGUUCACGUCUCAGAUUGCAGUAAAUGGAGCUGGAAUUUGGUGGCAGGGACCAAACCGCUCAUUCUGACCCCCACUGCUCCAACUUCCUGUAAUCAGGAGAGGAACCAGAGCAGUCCAGUCUCUAACGUAAAAUACCAUUUCCUUGGUGAUGGAGAGAAAGCUGAGCAGGAAGAAGAGGCAGAUGGAGAAGAAACAGAGGUCGUUACAGAUGAAAAGGUAGUGGCGGAGAAAGAAAGGUGUGUGGCGCUGCCACCAAACCAGCAGGGCACAUGGAAAAAUCAGCUAAAUCCUCACAGAAGGGAAGAGUUUGGGGAUCUUGCACACAUGUCUGAAACAGCUGAAGAAACUGGAGAAAACCCAAAAGAGAAGAGCAUUUGUAGGAGAAUCCUGACCCGGCUGGAUGCUUCGAUCCAUGACUACUACAGAAAAAAGAUCCGUAAAACGUACAUUAGAGAGAAAGAGGAGGGCAACCAGGUUUACCCAACAAACUUUUACAUCUUCUAUCAGAUGACCCGAGGUCAGCGAGAGAGACAGAAGAGAGAGAUCUGGCUCAGUCGUGACAAACAAAGGCAGAGCUUCUACAAUCGACUGGAGGUCUAUUGGGAGAAAACCCGUAAAGCGAAGGAGGCCCUGAGACUGAAAGAGGAGGCGCGUUAUGAGAGAUGGGCAGCCCGGCACAUCAGCAUUCCUGACUCCCCGCAGGGAGGCCCAAAGAGGAGGAUGGGCCUGUGGGAGGAACGGUCUCUACGAGUAAUAGAGUUCCUGUUCCACUGAUGGAGCUCUCGCUACCUCUGCUCAGGGCAGCAUUUUAAUUCAUUGGUUUGCAGUUCUUGAAAAUCGGCUUCCUCUUUAGAGUAGUGAUGUUUAGGAGAUGCGGAAGACUUUACUGGGAUCAUCUUCAAACGUUUAAUGCAACUGAAUGAAAAUGUAAGUUACUGAAUUAACAAAAUAUCACGUGAUUUGGAGCGGAUGUGUUAAAUAAACAUGAUUUCAUUUAAAAAAUGGUAUUUCAAAAUAAAAUUAAAUUCCUCAGAUGGAAGAAAUCUAAAAAUAAAACCACUUUUGUUAAACAUCU